UGCGCGCGCACCUGACUACGAUCCGACGACGGAAGUGCAGAAACAUCGAGGAAAGCGAAAAGGGAGUGAAAACGAAGCGGAAUUAGUCAAUGAUUGAGGGAGGAGAGGAAAGGGGGAGUAGGGAAAGAAAGAAGGGAACCGAGGCUCAAGAGGUUGUUCGAUUGAGGAGGACGUGGCGGCUCCGGUUGAGUUUGAAGCCAAGCAAAGCAACAGUGGUUGCUGCAAGCUGAUGGCUAAAAAACCAUCAUGAAUCGGGGAAACGGCAGGCAUUUUGCAGAGCGGUGUUCCUCCUAACCCAGGAGACAACGUCCAGCCACUGUCAAGAGGCGCAGUCGAGGGGGUGAUCGUCCGUUCCAGGGCUCGGGGCCGCUGGAAUAUCCUCCGAACGGAACCAGGUGGAUGACAGGUUCUGGGGCUCUUCAGCCAUGGCAGAGUUAGAGACGGACUGCCUCACGCUGGGCCUCGGCUCCCUGUCAUCCGACUGCGGCUCCCCGCCCCUGGAUCCCCUCCACCCGGACUGCUCCACCCCCAGCCUGGCCCUGCUGGCCUCCGACUGCAGCACCCCCACCCUCGGCACCCUGGCGGCCGAGAUCGCGGAGCCCCUCGUCAUGCUGCCCUGCGUGAAGAGCGAACCCGAGUGCGAGCUGGACCCCAUCCGCACCGUGGACCUGUCGGAGAUCCAGCCCCUGAGCACAGCAGAGCUGGGCCACGAGCAGAUCAAGAUGGAGAUCAGCGGGCUGGACUACAUCAAGUCCGAACAUCACGGGGAACUGCACUCCUUCCACGGCACCGACCUGGACUACAAGUCCCACUACGAGCCCAGUCUGGUGUUCGACUACAUUACCCACGUCUCCGACAGCCUGGAGUACAUCAAGUCGGAGCAGCACGCCGACCUGCAGUGCUACUACACCACAGAGCUCGGGGCCAUCAAGACUGAGUACGAGCCCAACCUGAUGUCCAGCCACCUGCGCUCGGAGAUGACGGGCAACGGCCUGGAGUCCAUCCACAUGGCGGAGCUGCGCUCCGAGCUGAACAAGCUGCGCCCGGACGGCCUCAUGGACGGCAUGGUGAAACAGGAGGCCGACUUCUCCUCGUCCGGAGGCCUGUACGAGCUGCAGUCCUCCCUGGAGGGGAAGCAGCCCGGAGGCGCCUCCACCCACCCGGGCACCAAGGGUCACGGCCCCGGCCAGCGCAAGCCCCGCAACCUGGCGGGCGAGAAGCCCUUCUCCUGCACCCAGUGCGGGAAGAACUUCAGCACCCUGGGGAACCUGAAGACGCACCAGCGCAUCCACACGGGCGAGCGCCCGUACACGUGCUCGCAGUGCGGCAAGAGUUUCGGCCAGGCGGGCAACCUGAAGAGGCACCAGCUCAUCCACACGGGCCAGAAGCCCUACACCUGCGCCCACUGCCCCAAGGGCUUCACCAAAGCAGACGACCUGCGCUCCCACCAGCGACUCCACACCGGGGAGAAGCCCUUCAGCUGCCUCCAGUGCGGCAAAAGCUUCGGCCAGUCCAAGGAGCUGAAAGCCCACCAGCUCAGCCACACGGGCGAGAGGCCCUUCUGCUGCCAGCACUGCGGCAAAAGCUUCACCAAGGAAAUGAGCUACCGCUCCCACCUGCAGAUCCACACGGGGGACAAGCCCUACAGCUGCUCGCAGUGCGGCAAAACUUUCAGCAACUCGGGGGUCCUCAAAACGCACGAGAAGAUCCACACGGGGGAGCGGCCGUUCGGCUGCACGCAGUGCGGGAAGAGCUUCGGCCGCUUGGGACACCUUAAAGCACACCAGCAGAUCCACUCUGGGGAGCGGCCUUUUGCCUGCUCCCACUGUGGGAAGAACUUCAGCCAGUCAGGUCACUUAAAAGCACACGAGCUGAUCCAUAAACGAGAGAGAGGGGACUGCAGCAGCAGCAGCAGCAGCAGCAGCAGCACGCGCAGUAACGAUAGUAGCUAAAAAUAAAACAAGAUUAAAAAAAAAA